CGUAAUUAAUCCUACCAAAGAUCGAGUCUUGAAACCCUUAAUUCACUCGAAACAUCAACAACCAAGCUUUUCAAUGGCAGUGGCAGAGGCAGAGGUUGCCCCAAGAAAGAGACUCAUAAUUAAGCUUCGUUUGCCGCGUUCAAGAACAGUGUCAUCUGAAGAGUGCAAACUAAAGCAUGAUGCUGAUACUGAAAAGCGUGCACCAGAAUUUAUGGCUUCUGAUUCAUGCGGCCAGAAGAGGAAGAAAGAUCAGCAUUUCAGCACUACUGAGUACUGGUGUAAUGUAGUGGGAAAGAGCAAUGCUGAAGGUUCUAGAACCUUGUCAACUGAUGCACAGUGCAAACAGAAGAAGGACGAUGAUGGUGCUGAUUCUCGCGGAGACAGAAAGAGAAGAAAGUUGGCAACUUCUGAAGUUUCUGUUUCCACAAAAUCUUCUGUGCAAGAACACCACAAUGCAUGUUCAAGAAUCCCAAGAAUCGGUUCUAAGGUGCUUCACUCGAAGAACAAGAAGAUGGAAGAGGAAGAACACCACAAUGCAUGUUCAAGAAUCCCAAGAACUGGUUCUAAGGUGCUUGACUCCAAGAACACGAAGAAGGAAGAGGAAGAACACCACAAUGCAUGUUCAAGAAUCCCAAGAACUGGUCCUAAGGUGCCUGACUCGAAGAACAAGAAGAAGGAAGAGGAAGAACACCACAAUGCAUGUUCAAGAAUCCCAAGAACCGGUUCUAAGGUGCCUGACUCCAAGGAGACGAAGAAGGAAGAGGAGAUGGAGGUUGUUCUGAACGAGCAGAGAAUGGAUCGUUAUCAAAAGAUGCAGUGUUGGGUGAUCUUGAAGCGCUUCAUGGUUGGAAGAGAUGGCUGGGCUUUCAAUAAGACUCUGGAUCCCAAGAAGUUAGGGAUUCUUGGUAACAACUGUGAGAGUGUGUCGUUGAAGCCAAUAGGGUUUGAGGAAAUAGAGUCAAAGCUGCACAAAUUCGUGUAUUCAGGGCCUGAUGAGUUUGCAAACGAUAUGAGGCUUUUGUUCUCUUAUGGAUUCAUGUACCCUCAAAGGGAUGAGAUUCAUAGAGUUGCAAGGAGAUUCAGUGAGAGCUUUGAAAUUACUUGGAAGGCUUUGAAGGAAAAAUGGUCAACUGAAGAGAGGAAAAGGAACAAGAUCUUCAAUGUUAAUACAAAGCUCUGA